AUGGAAGCCAAAUCAAGCUUUGCACCAAUCAUAUCCACCAUGCUUUCACUUUUCAUAGUUUGUUUCUCAUUCCCUCAUAUUGUUCUUUCAAAUGAAUUCCCAUCCUUUUUUUACCGGCUCCAACUUCCAUCAGCCACUGGACCUGAGUCUCUUGCUUUUGCCUUGAAGGGAGAAGGACCUUACACUGGUGUGGCUGGUGGUAGAAUUCUCAAGUAUGGAGGUCCAAACAUUGGUUUUGUUGAAUUUGCUACCACAUCACCACACAGGACAAAGGAAUUGUGUGAUGGCACAAAUGACCAGAACUUAGAAUCAAUAUGUGGAAGGCCAUUAGGCCUGGGUUUCAACGAUAUGACUGGUGAGCUCUACAUCGUUGACCCUUACUUUGGCUUAUUGGCGGUCGGAGCUGGUGGAGGACUAGCAACACAACUUGCCACCGGUGUCAAACGAAUGCCCUUUGCCUUUCUUGAUGCUUUGGAUGUUGACCCGGUAUCCAAAAUUGUCUAUUUUACAGAUGCCAGUGCUGUGUUUCGACUUGGAAACGUCGCAAAAAUUAUCCAGAGUGGCGACACAAGUGCGCGAUUGCUGAAAUACGAUCCCAAAACCAAUCAAGUAACAGUUUUGCUAACAGGCCUCUCUGGAGCAAUCGGUGUGGCCGUGAGCAAAGACGGGGCAGUCAUCCUAGUCACAGAGCUGAUCACGAGUCGAAUUCGAAGGUUUUGGGUCAAAGGUCCCAAAGCCAACUCGGCUGAAAUUCUAACAUACUUGCCUGGAAAUCCAGACAACAUUAAAAGGACUAUACUAGGAGAAUUUUGGGUUGCAGCCAACAUUCAAAAUCAGCAGCCUAUGUUGCCUGUAGGACUGAGGAUUGAUGUGUUUGGGAAUAUUUUGGAAAGCUUUAGUGUCGGUAUAAAAUACAAUACUACGUUGAUCAGUGAAGUUCAUGAGCAUGAUGGCAAGCCUGUUAUGGCACGUGAUAGUGCCGAGGAUAUAAACGUCGGCGUUGCGCUCAGCACUGCUCUGCUGUUACUAGGCGAUUUGGAGCGAAACGCCCAGUACAGUGAGUAUGAGAAUUACGCUCUGAAGCUUCAGCACUCCGUUCAGAAACUUAAUGUCCCAGAGGACUCACCAUUGAGGAAAGAUGAUGCCAUUCCUCUUCCAUUCCCUCCAGCUCAACCUCCAAGUCAAGACGUCGACGAGUCUGAGUCUGAGGAUGGUGAUGAGGAAGAGGAUGAGGCGUUGGUAAGGAAAUCCAAAGAUGUUGCCAAGUCCCCUCUUCAAAAUGAGCAAGUCCUAGACUUGACUCAGGAUGAAGAAGGCGGUGAGGUUAACAAAUAUACUGCUGAUGAGAAGGAAUCAGCCGAUGCCAUCCUUGCUGAUAAAAACCUUGAAGACACUCUUGCAGAAAUUGACGCUGAGGUCACGACGGAUAAGGUAGUGUUUGAUGAUCAAGAAAAGUUAUUGAGAAACUACAUUUUGCUUGUGAAUUUGUUUGAUUCUUUCUUGCAAUUCAUGGUUCUAUAA